AUGUCGAAAACUUCACCCCUCACGUUCCCCUCGCAUCUCAUCGCCAUCCGACCCGAGAACAUCGCCGCUGAAGAACUGACCCUCUCCAUCCAUAACCGCCCCGAGCCAUGGCAUCCACUGGACUACACAGUCUCCUACAACGGAUCCACCAUCUUCACCGUCUUCGGUCACCCCUUCACCAUCGGCCAACGCCGUACCUUCUACGACCGCUCGGGUCUCCCCCUCUUCGACCUCCGCUGUCGCUGGUAUACCUCGUCGAUCUUGGAUCUGAAACUCCCCGGUGGCGAAAAUAGCCUCUUAACGGCGAAAUUGCGCGUCGCGGUCCGGGAACCCAAGGCUACGAUUACAUUUCAGAAUGCAGUUGCCGGAGACCGGUCCCGAGGAAGCACCGAUCUGCCGAUGACCCAGCAGGUCACAAUGGAAGUUCAUGCCCAGGAUCUGGAUAAUAUGGUGCAGGUCGUCGUGGUUGAGAACCGCAACGUCGCUUCCAUUCAUCGCAUCACGGACCCUGAGCAGUUGACGGAGGGACAGAUGCCGCCGUUUCGGCUAAGGCCUAAAUGGGAGGUUAGGGUUGCGCAGGGGGUGGAUAUUUCCUUGAUUGCCGUCGUGGUGGUGAUUCUGGGUCAGAAUGCUGGAGAUAUUGCAUACAAUAGUCCGGGAAUGGUUAGUUGA